AUGAUGAGAAUAGCGGUUGCAGGGUCCGGCGGACUAGCACGAAUCUUCGCCCAAUAUCUCGAUCAGACCGUUCAUACAUUCAUCAUUCUCUCUAGACAACCCCGACCAGCACUUGUUGAACUGGGCUACCAGGUUGCUGUUGUUGACUAUGAUAGCCAAGCCGACCUCCGUUAUACCCUUAGAGGCGUUGAUAUGGUUAUCUCAACGGUCUCCGGGGGCCCACAAAUCAGCCUUAUUGAUGCAGCUGCUCAAUCAGGAGUCCGCAGAUUUGUUCCGGCGGAAUUUGAAGGGCCUCCGGGUCGUCGCGGCCAAAACGAUCCUCUUGAUCGUGGAAGCCGGGCUACUAUUGCUCGUCUUCGAGAAUGGUCCCAUAACCCUCGACACCAAAUGCGAUUUACCAUCUUUACUUGUGGCAUAUUUUACGAAAGGUUCGCUCGGGGUGGCUUGGCGGCCUACGACAUCGGCUCAUCAACCAGCAUUCAAAAUCAAGGUUCUUACUUGAUGGACGUGGGUGCUGGAACGGCCGAAGUGGUGGAAUAUAACUCAUCGGGCCAACCCAUUUAUAUAUGUUUAACUUCGGUAUAUGAUCUGGCAAGAUUCGUCGUUGCGGCCAUUGAUAUAGGGCCACACACUUGGCCGCCGGAAUAUAGAUUACAGGGAGACCGAAGGUCUGUAACUCAGAUUUUAGAAUGGGGUGCAGCUGUUAGAGGAGUUGAAAUGCUUUUAACAGAUAUCAUCGAGCCUGGGAAUUUGGGAGCACAUCUGGAGCACGCUACUUACUACCAAGAUUGGGCCAAGGCUGCCCGAGUCCAGGAGCUCAUGGCCACAGAACAAAGGAGAUAUGACUUUGCACAGCCAACCCUAAAUCCUCUUGUGAACAUUGUGCCGGUGCCAUUUUGGGACUGGCUGUCAAAUCAUUGGGGAACUUAG